AUGUUUCGUGCCUCAGCAAACAAAACGUUUGGUAUCAGACCAUCCGCCCCUUCCAAACGUCUUUUCAUAAUAGAAAGUGAAGCUAAUCUUCUUCAACUCUUUAUUCCUCAGUGGAAAACAUCCGCCCAGCUGCCGAAGCACGAAUCCGACGUAUCCGAGUCCGUGGGAAUUGAGAAAACAAAUCACAUGCAACUUCUCAAUGUCCUCUCCUGAUUUGAAUGUGUACUUGCGUUUGACCGUUUCCGUGGAAUGCAGCAAGAAAUCAUCGAAAUUGCCCAAAAUUUCUUUAUUUUUAUAUCCCGCCGGACGUUGGGUUUUCCUUUUCCACCUCAUUUCCUCUUACUGUCACCACCACCCUAUAGACUUACACUUUCGUUUCGAGUCAACAGAGCAGGUCCAUCAACAGGAGAAAGAAUUUCGGUUGUGUACCAUAGAGAAAGUACAAAGAUACGGGGAGCUUUCAGUCAUCCACCACUACAUAGUAUAAAAGCGCAAGCACAUCUAUUGUAAACUCACAGUCCUCCAGGUAUUUUCGAUGUCAGCGAACAUGUUUCACUACAGUUUAUUUGUCCUUGCGUUGGUUGCACUGACGUGUCAGGCCGACCAGCAAAUAAAACCGAAUAGUGCCACAGUCGCUAGAAGAGCCUCAGCUCCCACCAUCAGACCGUCAAUCAAAGUGGAUAAAAUCAGAGAUGUUGAAGCCGUUGAUCCUGGUCUCCUUUCACCGCCAAGCGCAGCCAAAAACUCGACUGGGACACGAUCAGUGACCGACACUUUGGGCAAACAGUCCAACACCGGGAGCAGUCAGGGCACCCUGUUGGGUCAAGAAACGAUUUUUGGAAAUACUAUUUUCAAAAACGCAUUUGGAGGUGGCAACAAUUUCAAUCAGCAAGACAACGGAUUUCAACAAUUUUCACCAGGACAGCCAGUUGGAGGGUUCGGCCAACAAGGGCAAGUUGGUGGAUUUGGGCAGACGCCUGGAACUUUUAAUCAACCAGGAAUUGGAGGAUUCCCUAACAACAACGGCGGUGUUUUCCCCGGCGGAGGUGUUUUACCUGGCGGAUCUCAAUUUCCUCCAGGGUCAGUGGCUGCUGACUCUGUCGCUUUCAGUGCUGCUCGAGCUUCAGAUUUUACGCGAGUAGGAAUUACGCAAGUUCGAUUCGACUACACCUUGACAGAUAUUGGCUACGGUUGGUACCCGGAUCGUAGCGAAUUUGUUUGUUACUACCCUGGGCUUUAUUACUUUACGUAUCAUGGCCUAUCAACGCAAACCAGACAAUUCAAGCUGUCUUUGGUAAAAAAUAAUCUAGAGGUCGUGUCGGCUUGGGGCGAUACUAAUGGAUAUCAAAGCGGAUCCAACACUGCUAUUUUGGCACUCAAUCAAGGCGACAGAGUCUACCUCGUCUUGCAAGAAGGGAAUUUACACGAAACGAACAAUGGUGGACGCGGGUACACAACAUUUUCUGGAUUCAGAAUUCGUUAGCCACACCAUUAACGCUAUAACGUUCAAGUGUCAUAAAACUAUUCAAAUUUUAUCUUCGAUGUUCGGUCAAUACAAGACAAUGUUACAAAAACGAAAAAGUUAAUACACAAAAGACCUCAAAAUGAAACUAUAGACU